UGAGAAGUACCCGGAUGGGUCCUUAACAACACGACGUAUAUUCUUCAAACCGGAAGUCAUCUACUUCGGUUUGGUUUGCACCAUAUUUUCUCCGUUUGUGCUUUAAUUUACUGUGAAAAUAUGCUGUCUAUAUUCAAAUCCAUACCGUCCCACAUGGAUUAUAAAGGCCAGAAACUGGCUGAACAGAUUUUCCAAGGAAUAAUUCUCAUCUCAGCGGUGAUUGGAUUUGUGUAUGGUUUGAUCAUUGAACAGUUUGGAUGGACAGUGUACAUCGUCUUGGCUGGGUUUGCUGUAUCCUGUGUGUUGACGCUGCCUCCAUGGCCUAUGUACAGACAGAAUCCUCUGCCAUGGCAGCCAGCUAUACCAGAGACCAGCGGGGAGCCAAGCCAAAAACCUCAGGAAACCCUCAAGAAGAAGAAGCAUAAAUAACUCAGAGCUUUCCUGCCCGGCGGUUAAUACAUCCUUUAUAUCAGAAAACAUUUGGAAUUUUGUUUUACAGUCCACAUCUGAAACAUUGAGGAUGGAAACAUUGUUACAGUGUUUUUCAGUCAAUAAUGAAAUACUGUCCAAAUAAUAAACAUCUGAUUCUCUGUUUUAUAAA